AUGGCGGGACCAGGAGCGUCCGCCACCUCGUCUGAUAAGCCGAAGUCUCACUCGAGUAAGGUCAUGAACAAGCUGGACCCUUGGUUUGACCAGAAUGCCAUUGAGGCACAGCAAAGUGGGCUGUCCCUGGGUAUCUCCAAGACGGAUUUGCUUUUCCAAGAUGGUUCCGGGGCCCCGCCGGCUGCUCACAGGCCACGGCGUGUACCCGCGCUAUAG